AUGGACAACUUUGAGUCCGCUCUUGCCGUUCCCCGUGCUCUGGGCCUGGAGCCCAACGCUGCCAGCCUGUUUUCAGCUGCCCUUUCCUCCUCAACAGCCAGUCAAUUCCUGCCACGUCAGAUCCAACAAACCCUCGUACAGGCAGGGCUAGCAGUGGGACGACAGCUGCUGCUUUCUGAUUGGCUCCUGAAUCCAUCCAAUCCCGUGGGGAGGGAGCGUUUGGCAGCGGUGCAGAGGAGUUUGGAGGAGGGGAAGAGCCUGCAGCUGCUGUUCCCACAGCACGACCUUGGAUUCAGAUAUAGCCGGGAUAAUUCUGACUCCAGUCAAAAACGUUUCUGGGCUCACCCCCUGUUCAUCCUUCUCCCUUCAUCUGCACCAUCAACUCCAACCCAAUCGCCCUCUCUAGUACAAGAAGGGCGAUCUAUCUCUACCCCGUCAGAUGCUCGUGAAGCAGCCACAUAUGACGCAAGCACUCCUUCACAUCCCUCUUCAUCCCUUCCCACCCCUCCUCUCAGGUACAAGAAGGGUGCCUUGUCCCUAUCCCCCUCAGACACCCAUGCAGCAGCAGAGUAUGAUAGGGAAGCACAUGCAGCCAGCUCCACCUCCUUCUCGCCCUCCACUCUCCCGGGUGCCCGCCUGCCACACCGGCAAGGGCACCACACCCCGUCUCGAAUUCCAUAUUGGACCUUCAAUCUCUUCAAUCGACCUCUCUCCUCUCGGUUCCAUCACCCCCACUCUCCUCCUCCCUCUCGGCCCCCACACUCCCCUCUGGCUCGCCUCCUCUCUCCGCGCACACUCCCUCACUCGCCUCCCCCUCCGCCUCGCCCUCCUCGCCCCCCACCCCUCCUCCUCUCCCCUCUCCCUUCCCUCCUCGCUCCUCUCGGCCUCUGCAUAGAUCCUGCUAGCACAGAAGGUGGUGGUGGUAACCGUGUAACUGGGAAAGCAGACGGUGCAGGAGGAUUCAACAGUACCCGACCUAGGCAACAACACGGCGAUAUAUCUGAUUCAGCAGGCAUAGGAGAAGCAGCAAGCGCAGCAGAGGGGAGGGAAGAGAGGGGGGAGUGGUUGACAUGGCUGGCAGGGGUGGGGGAGUCGGGUGCUGUUCUUGUGAGGCCGGAUGGGCAUGUGGCAUGGCGCAUGAAGCACCCACCUGCUGAUGGGUUUGGCUGUGGUGCUGCUGGGUUUGGUACUGGUGCUGCUGGGUUUGGCAGUGGUGCUGCUGGUACUGGCAGUGGUGCUAAUGGAACCAGCAGUGGUGCUAAUGAAACUGGCAGUGGUGCCGCUGGGAAUGGCAGUAAUGCUGAUGGGAUUGCCAGAGGUGCUGCCGAAUCUUGUGAUGGUGGGUUGGCCCAUGAGUCCAUGUCUGAAGCUGCUGAUGCUAUCGCACGAGCAUUGCAAUGGAGUGAUCGUUUCAGCCCUCCUGGUGGCAGCAGUUCUCUGAACUCUGCCGAGCCUACUGACGUUCGGACGGCGGGAGGGUCGGAAUGGGUGUUUAAUGAAAGCCGGGUUGUCAAGGUGUCAUCUACACCCAGGGUGUAUGUGUACAAGCAGCUUCUCUCGCCAGACGACUGUGCGUUUCUAGUGGCAAUGGCAAAGCCAAAGAUUGCUCGCCAGAGGCGGUUCAAUGCCACGUAUCUGCGCAAGUACCAGAACCCGCGCCUUCGAGCCAUCGAGGACCGGAUCGCGUCCUUCCUUUUCCUUCACAGAGUCCCGCAGGAUCGGACGCAGGUUCGGUUCAACGAGGGUCAAGCAUACGACGUGCAUCUGGAGUUUUACCGGGAUAAUGUCGACACACAGAGGUCUGGCCACCGGGUGGCAACGCUUGUCCUUUUCCCUCUCCGAUGUACAAAGGGGCGGCGAAGUGAACUUCCCUCAGGGCGAG